AUGCCAUUUCUGCCGAAACGACAGCUCGGAAAGUCAGGCCCCAAGGUCUCCGCCUUGGGUUUUGGUGCUAUGGGGCUGAGUGCUUCAUAUGGCAAGAUUGACGACAACGAGGCUAGAUUCGAUGUGCUAGACCGUGCCGUAGAGCUUGGAUCUACGUUCUGGGACACAUCCGACGUUUAUGCCGACAGCGAGGACCUUCUGAAGGUAUGGUUCGAGCGCACUGGAAAACGCGAUCGAAUAUUCUUGGCCACUAAGUUUGGCGUCUCCAUCGCAGACGGAAAGCCGGCAAUUCGAAGUGAUCCGGAAUAUGUAAGGCAGGCCUGUGAAAAGAGUCUGAAGAGGCUGGGUGUGGACAGAAUUGAUCUAUACUAUUGUCACCGCGUAGACAAGGUAACGCCCAUAGAAAGAACAGUAGCUGCGAUGGUAGAGCUGAAGAAGUAA